AGCUCCCCAAAUUCUUCCUCUCCUGUCUCUGCCAGAAGAUACCUGAGGCUGGAUGGCCCUUAGGUGUGAGGGAGUCCCCCCUCUCUUUCUUCUCUGCCUUCUCAUAGCUUUCCCUGUAACAGCUCUUUCCCCAUAGCUCACCACCCCAGAGCACACUUGGAGAGAGACUUAAUCAAAGGACUUUUGGAAGGAACAAUACAGAGACUCCCAAACCAAUGGAUCAAGAAAUCCAGCUCCAGAAUUCAGAGAAGAACAUCCAAGGAGCCCUUCGGGUUGCUUUCUGCCUGCUUCAAAUCCCAGAGCCAGAUCCCUUUAGUCAAUGGAUCUAGAGUCUCUCAAUCUGUCUUGCCUCUUGAAGACACUGUCCUUGGCUUAGGUCCAUAUUGUGGAGCCACUGAGCUCCAAACUCUGCUCCCUGAUCCUUCGAAACCACAGCCUGUUCGUUACGGAGUGCCACGUCCCACCAGCUGGGAUACGAUGGAGGUGGAAACUGAAUAAGGGUCAUGCAUGGAGCUCCCUAAAUGGAUCAGCCCAGCACCACCACAGGGUACGGUGCACCUGGGAGGACUGUCAGCAUCACAUGACGGGGAACAAACCAUGGAAAAUGACGCCAAGAACGGGGAGGCUGUGCCGAGAUGGAGGAGACCUCAGGGAGGAGCCCAAGAAACCCAGGUGCUAGAGACCGUGGUCGGGGCCAUACGCAGGAGCGGAAGUGUGGCGCCGGGGAUCCCUUCCAAGAGCUGUCGGGACGGGGUGGACCUGAGCUGCGUGCCUGGGCCCGACUCAGCGUUGCGCCCCGGGGAGAAGGCCUCUUUGUGGAAGCGCGCCGAGAGGGCGAAGGAGUUUUCUCCGUGUCUGAGAUGGGGCCGAGAGACCCUCGGGGGGCCGGAGACAGCACUGGACUCUCUGUACCAUCCUGCCAUUGAAGCAGAUUUCUCCAAGCACAUGGAUGCCAGGCACCAGUUCCCCAGGAGGAUGCAACUGAAGGAGACACCCGAGUUCCAGCUCCACUCCGAGCCCAAGAACGGGGAGGUAAAUAUCAGCUGGGCGGAGCAGAAUAAAGACAGGCCUGGCCCUAUGUGGACAGAGGCUAUGCUGGCCAGCCAGCUGGCCCUGUACAGCCACGCUUACCACAACUACCCCCUGCCGUUAUCUGGGCUGGAAAACCAAAGCCCGGCUGCCACUGGCAAACCUUACCAGCUAUCUGAGCAAGACUCCCUCCACUCCGCCAGUCCCUCUGGGGACAGCGCGGGCGACCCCCCUUCCUUCCACCACCUGAACACCCACUGCCCCUUCCUGGUGGAGGCCAAGCUGGCGGAGAGGAACCCCUUCUUGGUUUCCUCCAUUGUAUCAGCAAGCACUCCAGCUGAGUCUGCCUAUGGCAAUAGCUUGGCGAGCCUAGCCCUGGCUGGCCAGCCCCAGGACUGCCCCUCUGCUUUGGGAGAGGCCCAGUACACUGACCCAGAUUGGCACCGGGCACCUUACCCGCGCACAUGGAGCCAGCCGGCGUACCUGGCACCCCAUCCAAGAACAAAGACCCCGUCUGCUUUUGAAACCUGCUCCAGCUCAGGAAGCAAGGAGUUUUACCAGAAGAAGGAUCCUGGCUUUCCCCACACAGGAAAGGACCCGGCCCCUGUGCCCGACCGGGCGCAGCCUCAGCUGCUCAGCCAGUACAAGGUGGGGAAGGUGAAGCGAGAUGCAGAGAGCGAGAUGGAGGUGACCUACGUGGAGCCCCCGUGGAAGGGAGCUGAGCAGAGAGGGUGCAUGGCACUGGCCCCUCCCAGAGACCAAACCCUUCCUAACAACCAUGGCCAAAUGGGUCAGCCACUGUUCUACCUAAAGCACAAGGUGGCAGAGAGCUUGUGGUCCAGCCAGCCCCUGGUUCUGGAUUAUCCUCUCAGCAAAGCACCGGCCAGGCCCUCCGAGUCCAAAGACGAAAGCCUCAUGUACCAAAGUCUGAAGCCUGGCUCCCCUGCGGUGCUGCAGGAAUCCUCUGGAUCUCCACUCAUGGACAGAGCCCAGCCCCCUGCCCUUUCCAAAGUAGAGCUCCCAUCUGGGAUGGAUGUGCUUCCAGCUCAUGCUCUCCCCUGCAAAUGCUCCCCUUGGGACUGCCCCCCGAGAUGCUGCAAGAGGUGCCAGGGGGCAGGCUGCGAGGCUGUCAACUCCUUUGGCACCAGAAAUGAGAUGCCCGGGCCAUACCGAGAAAUAGAUGGAGCCUUGGGAGGACAUGGCAUCCAACGGGGCAAGGAUUCCUCCUUGCUGCCCUGCCCUCCCAGCAAUCACCACACCAAGCUGAAGAAAACCUGGCUGACCAGGCACUCGGAACAGUUCAGAUGCACUGCUAGCUGCCUCGGGGACAAAGGGGCUCCUGGUCAGAUCAAAGAGGGUUUGCCUCUGAGGCUCAAAGCUUUAAAGAGGGAAGGCCAGGAGAGCGCUGAAGAAGCAGACCAAUCUGGCAAACGGACAGCUAAGCGGCCUCACAGCCAUGUCUCUGGGGAGGAUCUCUGGAGCCCAUGCGUCGGCAGGGGUAGCUAUUCGGCAAAGCGGAGCUCAAAGGUAGCCGAGAACAAGGCGCUAAAUCCCACGAGGAAGGAUUGUGAGGCCCCGGAGCAGAGGAAGGUGCUCCCAGCAAUGGGAAGGAAAGCAGAUGCAGGAGAUGGAGGGCUCCUGAGUUGCAACGGAGAGGACGCCGGAGAGCAGAAGGAGAUGCGAUACCUACAGAGCGUUCCAUGUAUGGCCCUCCCUGACUGCAUUGAGAGGUGUUGUGCUUGUUCCUCCAAGGACGGGACGGGAGCCGUGCCCCGGGAGCAGGAGGAAGAACCCAUGGAGACCUUCUGUAGGCUCCUGCAUUUCCGAAGGCUGGUGUUCUGUGACAGCGGGGAGCUGAGCGUGGAUGGAUUCUCCACACUGGACGAAGCCGAGGGCGAGAGCUUAUGCCUGAGGAUCUCCAGCAGGGAGAGAAGGGCCCAGGACAUCAGCACCAGCCUCAGCCUAGCCAAGUAUCUCCUCUCCGUCCUGGGGGACCAGUUCUGUGAGGCCAUCAGGAGAGACAGAGAGGCCUGGCUGUGGGCACAAGGGGAAAACGAAAGGGUGACCGCCUGGCGGCGAGGGAAAGGCGCCCUGCAGGCCUGCGAUGCCUGCCAGCAUGGCCUCUUCAACGCUCACUGGAACUGCUCCAGCUGUGGGUUCCAGCUGUGCUCGGAGUGCUACCGGACCAAGAGAGAGCGAGCCAGCCCAGCCCAGACAGAGGAGUCUGUGCAGUCGGCCAAGUGUGUCCAAGGGCAGGGCCAUGAUGUUCUGUCCCUCAUUCCUGCGCAGUUCAUCCCCACCCACGUCCUGGCUGAGCUCUGGAAGCUGAUGCACGAAGUGCAGGUGAAGUUUGACAUCGAGUCGCGCUGCCCCUGCAGACUGAGCAUCUUGAGCAAGAGCCUCACUGACAACACGGGGGGUGGGCAGAAGGAGGAGAUGGGGAACAUGACACCUUUGCUACAACCUGCCAGCAACGAAGAGACAGACGGCUCGAGGGUAAUCAAGGAAGAAAACCCAGACUCCGUCCACCCGCCGAGCGAGCAGGGCCCCAAGGGCGCAGUGCAGACAUCCACCCUCUGCGAGCUCCUGACCUCUACGGCCGUCAGGCUGUGCCUGGGGCAGAAUGGCAUCCGCAUGGCCUUCGCGCCCGUCUCCCCGGCCUUGCCCAGCGACAACCGGAUCACCAACAUCCUGGACAGCAUCAUCGCCCAGGUGGUGGAGAGGAAGAUCCAGGAGAAGCACUCAGAAUGUGAGCAGCGGAGCCCCAGCCCCCCCGAGCCGCAGGUCUCCCACUGCAUCCUGGCCCCGGGGGGACUCCUGUGGCUUCACGAUCCAAACCACUCCUGCAACUACAAGCUCUUCCAGGAGCACUGGAGGCAGGGCCAGCCUGUCUUGGUUUCAGGGCUGCAGAAGACACUGAAGAGAAACCUGUGGGAGCCCGAGUCGUUCUGCCACGAACAGCGGGGGCAGGAGGUGCAGGCGGUGAACCUGCGAAGCCAGCCGGGCUGGACAAGGGUCAGCAACAAGGACUUCUGGGAUGGCUUUGCCUCCAGUGCCAAAUGCCUGGAGACAGAGAACAGCGAGGGGAACCUGCUCAAGCUAGAGAGCGGCUUUGGGGACAUGCCAAUGUGCAGGGCUGAAAACCUCUAUGCCAGUUUGCCACUGCUGGAGUACUGCGGGCAUGAUGGAAAGAUGAACUUAGCCUCGUACCUGCCAGGUAGCCAAGGCAGGCAGUGGCUGAGUCCCCAGAUCUGUGCUGCCUAUGGUGUGGCCCCUGAGGACAGGACCAUUGGGACCAAAAACCUGACAGUGGAGGCGACAGAUUCCAUCAGCGUCUUGGUGUACGUUGGGGCGUACCCGCUGGACGGGCACGGUGCCCAGAAAGAGAUUCUCCGGAGGGUGGAAGAGGAUGGAGUUGAUGACGUCCUUAAGGAACGGCUCUGGAACACGAGGAACUGGGCAGGAGCCCUGUGGCACAUCUUCCGAGCGGAGGAUGCUGACUGCAUCGAGGGGUUCUUACAGAAGGUGUGCAAAGCCCAAGGGCAGGACGGGGCGGCCCAGCUGGAUCUGAACGGCCACAGGAGCUGCUACCUGGAUGCGUCUCUGCGGAGGAGGCUGCGGGAGGAAUGUGGUGUGAGCGGCUGGACCCUGCUCCAGUUCCUGGGGGAUGCAGUGCUGGUGCCGACAGGGGCUCCACACCAGGUGCAGAGCCUCAGCAGUACCAUCAGCGUCACGCAGAGAUUCCUCUCGCCGGAGAACGCUGCCCGCUCGGCACGGCUCGCAGCUCAGACCACAGACCCUGCCGGCACGGCACAGAGACUUCGUGCACAGAUGGACAGCAUGGUGUAUGGUGCUGUGAGGGAGGCAGUGGGGACCCUGCAGGGCUACACUUAAGGCACUGGCAGGCAUGCAGCAUGGAGACGGAGGGCUGGCUUCAGACUGGGGCCUCCAGGAGGCAGAAUUGAAACAAAGGGGGCAGCAGCGCAGGAUUCCUGGGGAGCCCCACAUCCGCCUGUCUGGAUGGGGAGUGGCUCUUUGGCACUGACUAUGACAGGCCAGGGUUGUCAGGCUGAAGUGACCAGAGCACAGGGCCUGUGACGAGGAAGAUGAAUGCUGGACAAAAUGGGGCCAAAGCAUGCUCAUACCCAGCCACUCCCCUGCUCCGGGAAGGGCAGAAGCUGUGACGCGGACAGGUAGGACCAUCUGAGAGACCAUCCGCCCAAGUGAUGUGACCCCCAGCAUGUUCCAUACAGCCCCUGCCAGGAGCCAGUGGAUCGCAUGGGAUUCCAGCUUCCAGCAACACACGGGACUCCUUGGGUUUCUAUUGCAACCGUUCUGCACUGAGCACUUGUCCGAUAUGCUGCUGCCGGCUGUGCCAGCCCCACCUACCCUGCAGAGCCCCGCCAUGCCCACACGACGUCACACCCAGUGCUCGUUCCGAAGGCGUCUUCCCGCCGCUCGCCCUGACGAUGUCAUGCUUGGUGCUUACUUCGGCGAUGUCACGCCAUGGUGCUCGCUCCCAGGGGCAGCGUGGUCUGCGGGAGGGACCUUGGCCAGGUCUCCGUCCCCGCAGAUCCUCUCAAGCUGGAGGCGAGGGCUGAUGGGCCUAGGGGUGGGGGAGCCAUGGAAAUAAACGUCUGAGACGAGUCUUUGAGGAGACACGACCGACAUCGCAUGCAGAAUCGAUGUCCAUUUAAUUCUCACGCACUCCCCUUUGCAGGUGUCUCAGGGCUUGGGGCAGGGCUGGGGGCCAAGGGGAGCUAACCCAGGCCCCUGGAGCCUCUCACCCCAAGAUCCAUCAGCCAACAAGGCCAUUGCACUGGUUUGAGACCCAGAUCUCCACCUGGCCUUCCCUGCUUUCCCCACCUCCGUGUCCAUCUCUCCCCUGUGGCCACUGCUGGUUCCCUGUGGACUGAGAAUCCGGAUCACUGAGGGGCCCAACCCAGUGAGUCCCCUUGGACCCUACAGGGGCCUGGUUAGGGGGUGGCAGUGGUAUGUGUGAGAGGGGGGGCAUUUCUGAGGUGUUUGUCUAGUGACAAUAUUGGCCAACCCCCCACUCUCCCAGCUUUGUUCUCUCUCCCCAGCCCCUGGAAGCAGGCUGGUAUGACCUGUCUCCCUAACCGGGGAAUGGAGUGGGAGGGCAGGUCCCACCAACCAGCUGGGGUGAGGAAAGCAGACAGUCUGCUGCUCCCCAAAUCCCCUUUCUCUUGCCCUUGCUGUCCUCCUCCCCCUGGCAGCAGAUACCAUCUUAAUCGGUGCAUCAAACAGGCCCUCUGGUUUAUUCCAAUCUCCUGUCUGCCUGCGUCUCUCCAGGCCAUGCUUUCAUUGCUGUGCACGUUGGCUGAACGAGCGAAGUGCGGCGAGAUCAUGCAGUAGUUGUAAGAGCCCAUCCUGCCGGGCUGGCGCUCCCUCCCAGCAGGAGUAACAAAGGCAGGCGGAAGUGGCUCAUGCACUUGUGAGGUCACCUCCCAAGGAGAGCAAGCAUCUCCCUAGAGCCCUGGGGACCAAUGCGGGGAGGCCUGGAGCACACAGGAGGUUGUGGCUUGGGCGUAGGGUUGCCAACGGUCCCUUAUUACAAGGGACAUCCCUUAUUUUGUCAUCUCUGGGCAACAAGUUGGGAGUUGCUGAGUGCUGCAAAGAGCAGCAAGAAAUCCCCCUGGCAAGUGUAGGUUAGUACUGCUGAUUAUUAUUAAUAAUGAUAAUUUCAGGAGGCGGGGGUACUAAGAAAACAGUCCCUUAUUUUUGAAAUACCAUGUUGGCAACCCUACUUUGGGGGCGGUCACAUCAGCUCUCUGCUCUUUCUGCACCGGGAGGGUGGGAGGCUGCUGCUGCACUAUCAGGCUCUGCCUCGGUUUCUCCCUCUGACGUGGUCCCAGGCAGCACAAGGGCGGCCCCAGCUUGUGCAAAGGAGUGGAGUCUCUCUCCUCCCCCAGCGCCUGCGAAUUGCCAGAGGCCCUGUUCCCAUCUGUUCUCUGCUACACCAGUUGGCAGUGUGCACAGGGAGGAGGCCAAGGGAUUAAAAGCCUCUCUGGUUUAGCAGUUCCCUCUGUAAUUAAACCUUAGGGCCCGGGCUGCUGCUUAACUCUUUCCAAAGUGUGUGGCAAGCCAGAGGCUGCUCUGCCGGUGCAGGAGUGGGAAGGAAAUGGCCGGCUUAGAAACCCCCUCCCCAAUACACAAUGGCGGGGAAGCUGCAUGUAACUCACUGCCAGGGGACUCCAGCAGUGCAGCCACGCCUGGCCUGAGCAAGGUGGGGGCGUUCUGGGAUACGGAGAGGUACUGUGCUCUCAGUGCAGGGCUGUGGUGCCGUUAAUGUGAAUGGGGGACUCCGCACGGGCAGCCAGGGGCCGUUCUCAUACGCAGCAGGUGAGUGGCACGUUUCCUUGCAAGCUCUGCUGCCCUCCCGCCUGUUGGCAUUGGGUGGGGUGCCCAUGGUGAUGCUCCAUAGUGACAUCACUGGAGGUGCUGGUGGUGACGGGCAUCGUGUUUGUUGCACCUUGUGAUGAGGUCAUAACGGAGGCUUAUCCGAGUUGUAACACUGCACUGGCUGGCCAUAUUUGGUGCAUCAUGGCCUUGGCUUGUUCUGCUGGCCUCACACCAGGAAUUUAUUCUGCUGCUGUCACUGUGUGUAGUGACUUCGGAUUUGUGCUUCCUUUGAUGACGUUGUGCCAGGUUUCAUUCUGUGCCCUUGGGCUCAGGGCUUGUUGUGAUGUCAUCACACAGAAGGUUCACCCUGAUGAUGUCACCACGCUGGUCAUGAUCUCCCUAGGGAUGUCCAUUGGGAUUAUGGCAUUCGGUGUGCGGUAUCAGCAGCAAUGCUCUAAAGAGUGCCAGUGGGGCAGUUCUCUCCCCAAAAGCGCCAGGCCCUUUGAGGGUCCAGUGCCCAUGGCAAUGGGGCUCUCCGUGCGACUACCCUGGGAAGAAAUGGUGUAAUAUCGAUAAAGCAAUGGGCUUAGCUGUCAGGGCUCUAUUCCUAGCCAUGAGAGGGGAGUGGUGUCUAGUGGUUAGAGCAGGGGAGACUGCCUGGGAGUCAGGGCUCCAAGGUUCUAUUUCUGCCUCUUGGGAUGAGUGCAGUGUAGUGGUCAGAGCAGGGGCUGGGAGUCCGAAGACCUGUGUCCUGUUCCCAUCUCUCCCUGACCUGAUGGUGUCAAUAAUGCUGAGCGACCUCCCAGGGGACUUGAUCACACUGAUGUUCCUAAAGCACUUUGAGAUCCUGGGGCAGGAAGGGCUGGCAAGGGGAAGUGUCAGAUUUCCAUGUCUGUUGCUCCCGACAGUCGACAGCCCUGUACGUAGCCUCCCCUGGCUGCCCUGUCAAUGUUCUUCUUGUUUCCCUUCUGUCAAGCAGCAGCACUAGCCUGGCUGGAUGACUCGCUGCCCUUUGGGAGCUCAGGGAGGAAGGGGGAAUCCCAUCUCCCUCUCCUGUUUCCUUUUUAGGAUAGUUCCUCCAGGCCACUCCAGACGCGGGGCUCCUUCCAGCACUAGAAUCCUCCAGCAAGGCAGGCACUGCGUCUCAUCAGCAGCCUGCCAGCUAAAAUAAACGCCAUCCUCCCGGGCCCCUGCUCCGCCCUGCAGAUGUGGAAGAGCUGAGAGCUUAGCCUGCAAUGGCAGGGUCAGCUGGGGUCAGGGUGGGAUAAAGCAGCCAAUCCUAUCAGAUUAAGAGCCGGUCAUUUCAGGCUGCUGUGAAUUAGAUGCUGUCAAGUGAGGCGCUUGGGUAAGUUUAGACCAGAUGCUCCUGUUGGCUGCUGGCCAGGUGAACGCUGCCGUGCUUCUACGCUUGACUGGGCCUCACCCCCCCCACACACACUUUCCACAGGCAGCUCCAGUCGCUUGCGACUCUGGAGUGGGAGGCCAGGGCUUGAUUCCGCCUGCUAGCUGGGAUUUCCCUUUUUCCAGGAGACAGACACCCUAGGAGUGAGGCGAGCAAAAAGCCUCAGAAACGCCGCCCCUGGCUCCAGGCGUUGGAGGCGAAGGAAGCGGAGUUUCAGGGACUGAUGGUGGCAGAGGAAACUUCCACUAGGUGGAUACUUCAAAACCAGCCCUGCAUGGAAGCCCUUCCCAUCCUGCAGCUAGUCAGUGAAAUGAGUUUGGUGGGGCUCAGGCCAGUUCCCACUCAUUCUUGUUCGUAUUACCGUAGUGCCUAGGAGCCCCCGUCAUGGAUCAGGACCCCACUGGGCUAUGUGCUGCCCAAACAGACCAAAAAGCCAGUCCCUGCCCCAAGGAGUUCACAGUCGAAGCAGGCUUUGUCCUCCCCUGCGGUCAGUCUCAUCAGAGCAAGCGCCACUCUGGGAAUCAGACACGCCUCGCAUGUCCCUUCUCAUCCCAGGAACUCAAGGACCUUACAGGCAGUGGGCUCAGCCACCCAGCCCCUCUGAGGAGGUAGCUGAGUACUGCUGUCUUCUAGCUCUCACAGCAAGUCCCUGACAGAGAUGGGAACAGGACCCUGGUGUCCUAACUCCUAGACUGGUCGUCUCUUCCCCGCAACCCCCAUGCUUGAGAUGAGUAAGCUGCCUUGGUGGGGGGCCUCGCACACAUCCCAAGGCCACUGUGCUUCUGGAAAACAUACACAGCUGCUGUUCUAUCCCCAGCAUGGCCUGCAUACCCCAUCUCCCUCCUAAUCUCUGUCCCUGGUGCACUCAGCACUGGCUGCAUGCCUCUCCCCUGCCCCACGCUUUCUCUCCAUCUCUUUCCUCCCCCCUCCCCAUCUCUCCUUCUCACUCACCUUGGUCUUCCUGCCUUGUGUCCUUCCCUUUCCUGCUCCCCCUUUCCUUCCCAGAACAAAACCAUCCUCAUUCUUUCUCUUUGGGCUGGGAUUCCCGCUCACCGGUGUCCCUUGGUUCUGGGUGUAAGGCAGGUGCGUGCCCCUGCCAAACCAGGCAGUGUGUGAAUGUAUUGGGUGAGGGCAGCCCUGUGCUGUGUGGCUGGUUGGAUGCAGGGGAGGCAGAGUGCAUUUCAUCUGGAGUCCCUACAUCAGUGUUAAAAGGAAGAGUCCUCAAUAAACUGUUGGCAAGA